ACACCCAACGUCUCUGUACUCGACUUGUUCUCUCUCAAAGGCCAAGCGGCACUCGUUACGGGUGCGAACAGAGGUCAGCACGCACCUCCACCCACUCAUCCACACGUCCCCCUCUCUCAACCACCCAAGCCCUGGGUAUUGGAUCGGCUAUAGCGAUCGCGCUCGCCCAAGCUGGUGCACACGUUAUCCUCGUCCUCCGACCUCCCUCCACUUCCAACUCUUACACUUCUGCCGACUUGCAAUCCCUCCCACCCCCACCUUCUCCUUCCGAAACCGUUAGCACUCUCCAGUCCCUCCAGCUCCCCUACUCGAUCGUAUAUGCCGACAUUUCCGACAAGGAACACGUUAGGACGGUCGUCCCGCGUGCACUCGAAAUUCUAAAGAGGGACCAACAAAAAGUGGAUAGGAUUGGGAUCGUCGUGCAUGCUGCGGGUAUUCAGAGAAGGAACAAGAUUACCGAGUUUAGAGACGACGAUUGGGAAGAG